AAUAAUUACAGAAAAAAUUACCACAUCUGGAAAUAACAGAUCAGAUGAACUGAUGAGUUUUUACCAGGUGAUCCACUGGAUAACAUAAGCUUCCUUUUGUGUGUGUUAAUGUGCCUGGUUUAGGGUCAUGGCAUCCACUGGUAUGACUAGUCACCUUCCUCCAGUCAAAAGUGUGGUUGUGUACAGAAAUGGAGACCCUUUCUACUCAGGAAGGAGAUUUGUUGUAAACCAGAGGCAAAUCUCCACCAUGGAUGCUUUCCUUAAUGACGUCACUCUCAAUAUUGGAGCUCCGCUGGCUGUUCGAAGUCUUUAUACACCACGCUAUGGCCACCGGGUUGUGGACCUCACUGACCUCCAGCAGGGGGCACAGUAUGUGGCUGCAGGGUUUGAGCGGUUCAAGAAAUUGGAUUAUUUGAGUGCAGGACUGAAGAAAGCUCCAAAAUCCAGAGCUGUGGAACGUGAACAGGCUAAAGCAUUUGUCAGGCUUAAUGUGUCAGCAAAAUGGAGGAAAGUCAUCACUCUACCCUGCAUCAUAAAUGUAUUUAGAAAUGGGGACAUCAUGAGUUCUGCCAUGCGUCUGAUCAUUCCCCGCCACAUGCAGAAAAAUCUAGAGCAAAUCCUGAGCCUCAUUUCGGAAAAAGCCAUGCUUCGCACAGGAGCCGUUCGCAGACUUUGUACUCUGGAAGGAAUAACAGUGACCUCCACAGAGCAGCUGGAAAGUGGGCAGUGCUAUGUUGCAGUAGGAACAGAAAGGUUCAAGAAACUUCCAUAUGUUGAGAUUCUCCUGAACAAAGCAACAGGGAGCAGUGCGGACAGACACUACAUAGGGGACAGAGGAUUACAGAGAAGAAUUGAGAGUAGGAAGGUGUUUCCUCAGGACAGCCACAGUGAUUCCACCCUCCUGGAUUCACCAGAGAGGGAGGGCAGGCGUGUGAAGUCCACAGGAGAUGAGGUCGAGAACGAGAGCUCUCCUCAGCCUGUUAAGAGGAGGGUAAGGAAAGGGGAGAGAGAGAAUUCUGUUUUCUUUGCCAAACCUGUUAGAGUCCGCAGACACCCUUCAACACACCGACCUCCACUGCCAACAACAGAAGAGCCCAGUGUGUUUAAGGUCUCUGAGAGCAGGAUGAGGCUGGAGGUUCAAGGUGCAGAGGAGGUCGCAGAGGAUGAAAACACAGCUGUUGAGCUCCCCAUUGACCAGAGAAAAGCAGAAAUUGUGGAUGAGGAGCUUCCUGAAAAGGAUCUUUUUGACACAGAUGUAAAUCAUAUGCAUACACCUAAACAACACACACCACCACCUGAUCUUUCCAGUGAGAAGAGAGAGAGAGAGCUCACAGUGUCUGAGAGAGAGACACAGAAGGGAUAUAUGUCCAAAAAAGAGUCUCAGCAUGAUACAAACAAACAUGACCGGGUGAAACACGAUGCAUUCAAUAUUCCCUUUUUUUUUAAAUUAUUUUAUUUAUUGUAGUUUUAUGUUAAAA